CCUCAACCUCUCCAACCGUUCACUAAGUGAAGUGCCAAAUGAAGUAUACAAAAGCAUGGAUGCUAUUGGAGGCAGUGAGAAAUGGUGGGAGACCGUGGAGCUACAGAAGCUUAUUUUAGCGCAUAAUAACAUUGAAUCGUUGAGGGAAGAUCUCAGAAACUUGCCUUUAUUGUCUGUACUUAAUGUUAGACACAACAAGCUAUCCCUCCUGCCGGCUGCCAUAGGCGAGCUUCACAUGCUAAAAUCAUUAGAUGUUUCAUUUAACAUGAUAUCCAGCAUACCUGAAGAAAUUGGAUCGGCAACUGCUUUGGUCAAGUUUAAAUGCUCAAAUAAUCAACUAAAAGAUCUUCCAGGCUCCAUAGGACGUUGUUCAGAUUUGUCAGAGUUCAAAGUGGAGGCCGAAGAGAAGAUCAAGUAGAUAAAAAUCAUCCAUUCCAAAUUUUUAUUUCAUUUUUGUUGUUCAAAACUACUUUGUUUGUUUGAGAUUUUUGUGACUAUGAUAUGAUUUUAUUAAAUAAUUUUAUAAGAUAAUUUUGU